GUUACGGGAACCGAAGGUUAGUCCGACUACUUACUUUAAGCUAAACCUAAAAAAGUUUAUUCCUACCCCCUUUCUUUCAAUGUUAUCAAUUCCAAGAAUACUAAUGUACCCUCGUGCAUACAGUUGCCCAACUACUUUCUUCCUCCGACUUUUUUAGCCACUUCCGCAUCUGUCGUAUUCGGGAGAGUGUUGUACCAUACUUCGAGAAUGACACGGUUUGGAGGAGCUAUAACUCAUUUGGGUGAAAGCUCCUUCUUUCAAUCCCGCCUGGGAGAAUUGAUUGAGAAUAACAAGACGAUUGACCAAUUGAAUCAUCUUAAAAGACAUCAUGCCCUAGACGCGAAGGUGAGUAAGAGACCCAGGCGAAUUCUGCGAAGAUAGAAGAGCGGACUUCUGAGGAGACUGGAAGCCUAUAAAUAAUAGGAAUGGCGAACUGGAACCUUAUCCUUCAAAGUGACUCGCAUUCAACAACAGCCGUGUGCUGCCUUCUCAUCUCCUUCUUUGGAAUUUCAUUCUUCUUCAUUUCCCACCCUAGCCGCCCUUCCUUAACAAGAUGGCUCGGAGCAAGCAAAGUCUUAGACUGGAGCAGACAGACCCUGCUACAUCGUGAUAACUCUCUUCAACCGGAUCAACAAAGGCGAGAUCAGCUCACUUCCCCACCGACUCAAUCAAUCGGAGGAAACUCAAUCCUAAACUUCGGAGUGGCAAGCAGCAGAAAGAGAAAGUCCAACUUAGGCGUCAGGCUUGAGAAGGGUCAUCGUUCCCGGCUGUCCUAUGUUUGUUGUACUUCUGCAGGAGGCCCCGCUAACGUCGUGUUUUAGGGUUACGACGAGCUGGCUUCUGAGAGACUAAGUUGAGAAUAGCGCUCGCUAUCUUUCUAGCCAUAGGCAUAUCUGCUUACUUAUCUAGGAUCAAGGGCUCCCUUCUGCGGAUUCAUAUACUUAUUUGGAAGAAUUUCCCCAGGUCCACCCCAUUUGAAGAGUCCGUUUUUGCCUCUGUUAUUGAAAAGUAAAGUAAGGACCUCUUU